AAUCGAGAUACGUCCUAUCGCAUUUCUAUUGAUAAAUGAUUCAGCAAAAUUAGAUUGUGGUUGAGCAACGUUGCCGACGGCAACUCCUCUAUCAGGCUCAUCACUGGAAAUUGUAUACCUGUUGUGGCACUCAUGUGCACAUUGAUUUUGCAAUUCAAGAAAAAGAAACAACGGAGAAGAUGAACGACCCACUUAUACAAAAGAAAAUUCUUCACGCCGGCACGGCCAACGCUUCUGAAUUCCCAGCCGACACCAAAGUGAGGUUUCAUUUUGUCGCACAACUCAUAACCAGAAAUCCUGAUGGAGAAAUUGUACUGGGCAAAGUCAUUGAUGACAGUCGCAAUUACACCCAACCCAUUGAAAUAUUGAUUGGCAAGAAAUUCAAACUUGAAGUGUGGGAAACGAUGGUCCAGGCAAUGGCUGUCAACGAAGUGGCAGAGUUUUUUGUUGACAAGACUCUCUGCUUGACCUACCCUUUGGUUGCUAAAACACUACGAGAUGCCUACUCCAAAGACAAGCCUAAAGCCCAUGAACACACAUCUCCUCACUGCUGUGGAGCCAUGGCUUUAGUGAACGGUCCAAAGUUGGGCUACGAUGACCUGAACCAGCUAAUGGAAAAACCUUCUGACUAUCUCUUCAGGAUAGAGUUGCUCGGUGUUGAUCUACCGCAAUCGUACCAAAAGGAGACGUGGCAGAUGGACGAAAACGAGAGAAUAAACGCUUUGCCCAGAUUGAGACUAGAGGGAAAUGAAUUGUACCAGAACAAAAAGAAUGCUGAGGCAUCCAAGAUUUACGCUCAGGCAAUAGGCAUCAUUGAACAACUGCAGCUCAAGGAAAAGCCAGGAGAACAAGAAUGGCAAGCUUUGGCUGAUAUGAAAAUACCUUUCCUACUCAACUACUCUCAGUGCCAAUUACUGAUGGGGAAUUACUAUGAAGUCAUCGAACAAUGUUCCCAAGUUUUGAUUCAGCAGCCUAACAAUGUCAAAGCAAUCUUUAGGAGGGGCAUGGCACACUUAAACGCCUGGAACCCGACAGAAGCUAAAAAUGAUUUCGAGAAAGCAGCUCUUAUUGACCCUUCACUGGCCAAAACCGUCCAGCAACAACUCAGCAAGCUAGAAGAAAUGAUAAAAGAGAAAAACAAGUCAGAUAAAGCCUGGCUAAGUCAAGCAUUUGGAAGUAAAACAUAAUAAAUCAGUCAAAUCAACCAUUCAAAAACUUAAUUGUUAAUCAAUAAACAUUUGAUUGGGAAAAAGCCAUGACAUAUCUAGCAAUCAUAAAUUAUAUCACGUGUCUUUCUUUA